UCCUCGCGGUUCAGUCAGAUUGAUUGUGAGGGGAUAUGAACGGGAAUGAGCGUCACUGCAUGGUGCGCAGUGAAUGAAAAUCCGAGUGAAGGACUGCAAAGUGGGAGUACAUUUCGUCUUCCAAGCGUCGUUGGUUUGCAAACAACUCCAGAGAGAAGUCUUGGUUUUGUAUUUUGCGCUCCUUUGGUUUCGUGCCUGCUUGUAUGUUGCGCAGCGCUGCACAGCGUGGGCCAGCUGGCAGUUAAGUGAUAGCGUGCAGUUAACUGUACGCAGGCACUAAUACAUUAAUCUUCACCAUUUUCUGUGACAGGAACCCGAGCUGAUGAGUGCGCCCCACCUUUUCCUCUCCAACUAUUAAACAAUAUGCUGAUUAUCGCUUUAGCCAGAUGAUACCUGUUGAUUUUGCAUCGCGCCAUGUCCUUCUGUCGGACUGAAGUGGACAAUGAAGUUAUGGGAUAGCCUGACCACUUGUUUGAUACUGCUGAGCGCCGUGCACGCCGACUCGCUGCUCCGGGAUACGUCCACAACGAGGAGAGGGCGCGCCGCCGAGAGUCCCCUGGAGCGUCCGCCAGUUCAGAUCCGCUUGUCUGUCACUUCUUCGGGCAUCAGCCGCGCUGAAGCGGAUACAGCGGACUGGGAAGAGACACUGGCUGGAGGAGACGCAUACACAAUGGAGCAGCCACCCCCAAACAAGUUUGAAGACGUGGUGGACUUCAUCAAAGUGACCAUCAGUAGAAUACGUCGCUCCUCCUCAUCCACUGUGUCCUCAUCUACCUCCUCCACCUCCUCCUCCACCUCCUCCCCCUCCAAAGAAAACUUGAGCAGCAGGACUCGACACAGAAGGGAGAAGAAGAAGGGGACAAGCCAGCAGAGUGGUAGAGGUGGAAGAGGAGGAGCAAGAAGGGGGGAGACAGGGAGGAAGGCUAGGGUAGGAGGAGGGAAUGGACGAGGACAGGGCUGUGUGCUCAAACAGAUACACCUCAAUGUGUCGGACCUCGGUCUGGGCUACCGCUCCAGCGAGGAAAUGAUAUUCAGAUACUGCUCUGGACCCUGCAGGAAGUCUGAGACCAACUAUGACAAAAUCCUUUACAACCUCGUUCACAACAGGAGGCUUCCUCCAAAAGACACGCCCCCUCAGGCUUGCUGUCGGCCAAUUGCGUUUGACGAUGACCUCUCGUUUCUGGAUGACAACCUCAUCUACCACACCGUGAGGAAGCACUCCGCCAGGAAAUGUGGUUGUGUGUAGGGAGUGUGAGCUCUUGUCAGGCUUUGUGUAAUUUUACAUUCACUCCCCAUUUAGAAGUAUGAUGCUGAGUUGUUUUCUGAUUUUUCUCACUGUGAGGAAACCUAUUGCGUUGUUUGUGGCCGCGAAUGACUUGAGUCCAUCAGUAAAGGAGUAAAUAAGGAGAGGAGGUGGCAUCGCUAUGAUUCCUAAUGAUCGUCAUCCUUGGCUCAAUCACAAUAUCUACAAUUUACAUUACGCCUUACAUUGCUAAUGUGUGAUUUUAAAUGUUUCCAUGGAUACUCAACCUAAAGGACUGAAAUCAAUAAGACACAACGGAGGAAUCAGCUGACUCAUUCUGUCUACUGUAUAGCACAUAUGUUACAUGGAAAAUGGUAUACACAUAUGAAUUUUAUUUAUGAAAUCUUGAAAUUAUUAAAUUAUUGAUAUUUAUUUUGUUUUUAUAAAAUUAAUAAAUGUUAUUUAUUACUGUAAUGUGAUA